CUGUGUGGAUAAUAACGCGGAAGUGGCGUGGCAAAGUCAGUACCAUUUUGGUGAUGGAGUUUUAGUUUGAAAAGAAAAGGUCGACCAGCGCGGAAAGAGAACUCAUAAUUUCCUGAGUCAUUGCUUCUGUGGCUUAUUAAACGAAAUAACUAAAGAGUAUCCUCAGUAAGCUUUAAUAUAUUUAUUUGGACAUUUAGCUAUAUUUUAAGAAUGGAGGGGUCUGUGUCCAAUGUGGAGGUGUGUAAUUUUGCUUACACGGGGCAGUUUGAGAAAUUAAAACAGUGCAUCCUGUCAGAUAAAACGCUUGCCUGCAAAACAGACCAGGACCGGAGAACCGCGCUGCACUGGGCUUGUUCUGCUGGACACACCGAUAUUGUGGAGUUUCUUCUUGACAUGGGAGUUGAAGUGAACCUGCAAGAUGAUGCUUCGUGGACCCCUUUGCACAUUGCAGCAUCUGCAGGCAGAGAAGACAUCGUGAGAUCUCUGAUAUCCAAAGGAGCUCAGCUCAACUCAGUUAAUCAAAAUGGAUGCACCCCUCUGCACUACGCCGCCUCCAAAGACAGAUAUGAGAUUGCCCUGCUGCUGUUGGAAAAUGGAGCAGACCCCAAUGCUACUGACAAGCUGGACUCUACGCCUCUUCACAGAGCAUCUGCCAAGGGCAACUACCGGCUCAUUCAGCUGCUUCUCAAACAGAGUGCAUCAACAAAUAUUCAGGACUCACAGGGCAACACACCUCUCCAUCUUGCAUGCGAUGAGGAGCGUGUUGAAGCAGCCAAGUUGCUGGUGGAACAUGGAGCGAGCAUUUACAUUGAGAACAAGGAGGAGAAGACCCCGCUCCAGAUAGCAAAGGGCAGUCUUGGGAACAUACUCCGUCGGAUCGUGGAGGGAUGAUGCUUUGUCUGACCGACGCGUCUUGUUCCAGCUCAAAUCCCCACCACCAACCGCCAAGUUACAUUCUAAGAUUUCCCAUCCCGCUCAGUCCUCCUUAAGCGGUCCGUGUGGAAGAUGAGAUGAUGGACUCAGAUGGUGCUUUGAGACUGCACAGAUCUUAUUUGUUGUCUGAGCACAGGUUUUCAAACCCCACAGGCUAUUUUCUAUUAAAUUUGAAUUGUAAUGUAAAACAUGAAGUUCAACCUGUUAAUAAAUGUGUUGUUCAUGAA